UUGAUACCUGCUCUUUAUGAACGGACAAGAGAAGAAGUCCGUCGUUCUCUUGCAGAUGAAGUGACACAAAUAUGCAUAACCACAGACAUGUGGACAUCACGCGCCAAUGAAUGCUAUAUGGCAAUCACUGGGCAUUAUUUAACUUGCGAUUUUCGUAUGAAGACUGUGCUGAUAUCAUGUGACUAUUUUUCUGAUCGCCAUACCAGUGAAAACCUCCAAAACUUUUUGAAGGAGUCUCUGAAGGAGUGGGGACUUGAGAAAAAAGUAAACUUCGCAAUAAGCGAUAACGCUGCGAAUGUGCAAAAUGCCCUCACAAAUCUAGGUAUUAAGCACUAUGGGUGCUACGGACAUACCUUGAACCUAGUAGUUCAAGAUGCUACGGGUGGUGUCAUGUCCACGAUAGAUAAGGUGAAGGUUAUAGUACGGCACUUUAAAAAAAGCACUAUAGCCACAGAAAAAUUAAUAAAAUACCAAAAAAGUGACAACGAAAACGAAAUUCCAAAAAAGCUCAUACAAGAAGUGCCUACACGCUGGAACUCCAUGUUCCACAUGAUUCGAAGAUUUGUUGAGCUUGAGGCAGCCAUACGAGCUACAGUAGCAGUAAUUGCUAAAGAUUUACCUGUUGUUAGCAAUGAAGAGUGGAGGCUAUUGAGUGAACUAACGAAAAUCCUCAAGCCAUUCGAUGAGAUAACUGAGUCCAUGAGUGGUGAACAAUAUAUCACAGCGAGCUCAGUAAUUGUCAUCACCAAGUGCCUAAUCAGGACUUGUGACAAGCUUCUACGUGAAGGAUUUUGCUGGCCUGCGUAUGAAGUUAUAACUGCAUUAAAACGGGGUCUUAUGGAAAGGUUCGAAAAUGUGGGAAAAAGUCGCACAUUUGGUAUAUGUACUUUCUUAGACCCUCGAUAUAAAAUUUCUUUAUUUGAGGGAGAAUCCGAACAAAGGUUUGUGAGGAAACUAGUUGAAGACGCAAUCACUACAAUUAUAGACAAUGAGACCAGAACCAAUGCUCCCGUUCCUGGAGUAAGUGCAGGCACAACCAUAAUUGAGCACGAUAAAUUUUCACCAUGGAGCGCCUUAGAUGAAUUAAUAGGUGGAACGACAGGGACACCUAUACGGCGUGUAAGUCCACUGGCUAAGGCGAUUCAAGAAAUUGACCGCUACCUAGAAGAUGAAAUGUUACCUAUCCACGAUGCGGAGAGGAAGUGGAAUUGUCCGAUGGAGUGGUGGCGUAACAAUAACCAAAAAUACCCACACCUGGCUAAAUUAUUUCUCAAAUAUGGCAACAUUGUAGCCACUUCAGUACCUUGUGAAAGGAUGUUCAGUAAGGCAGGCCUCAUCAUUUCGGAUCGCCGCACCCGCUUAGAUCAUAAAAAAGUGGGCAUGAUAAUGUUUUUAAAUGCUUUAAAAUGGGUAUCAAACAAUCUUCUUUCCAAUCGUUAG